AUGGCCGAAGGCAACCAACAGCUUCCUGCCGGCGAGCGCAACAUGCCCAGCCGAUCAAAGGUUACAUGCUUGAGUUCGGAACCUCAUGAAGAUGCAAUAAACGACCAUUUGGUCCACUUCAUGGGCUGUUUGGAGUUGUGCGACAGAGAAGACUUCUUCAAGGAAACCAAUUCCAUAUGGGAGGCUGAGAUAGCCCACCAACAGAAGCUUGGCAAGAGUGUAGAAGAGGCUAAGAGCCUGGUCGAUGCGAAGAGAGCCACUUGGUUCGACAAUUGUGAUAGCGAGCAGCGUCGCAUAAGUGUCUUACGAGACCUACUGCUCAAAGAUCAAGAGGAGGCCCAUUUGAUCACAGAUAUCAUCCAGAGUGGUAAGAAAUGGCGCAUUGGAGAUAAAUACACCGAAGGCAUUGCCAAAGUCAAGGACUGGAGCAACUCAGAAGAGAAAGAGUUAUCAACCGAAAGAGGUUGUUGCCAGAGGGGCUGCUCAUAG